AUGGUUGCAUCAGUUAAGAGGACGGUAAGAAUCAAGACCAAGCAGAGAAUUCUGCCAGACGUUCCACCGGUAGAAAAUUUCCCAGUUCGUCAAUGGUCGAUAGAAAUAGUUUUAUUAAAUGAUAAAAAUAAAGAAAUCCCAGCAAGUAUAUUCGAGAAAGUGAUAUACCAUUUACAUCCAACUUUCGUGAAUCCUAAUAGAACGGUUUCAGACUCACCUUUCAAGAUCGAAGAACAAGGCUGGGGUGGAUUCCCAUUAGAUAUAAGCGUUUUCUUUCUCGACAAAGCUGGUGAAAGAAAAAUUCCUCACGAUUUGAACUUUUUACAAGAAGAAUACGAAGUGGAUCAUGUCAUUCAAGUGCCCAUCAAUAAACCAAAUCUGGUACGUGAACUGGAAAAGAGCGGCGGCAUUGAAGACACUGGUAAGAGGAAGGCUGCCGACAGUACAGUAGAUGUGGGUGAACCGAAGGCUAAGAAGACCAAGAGUAGUAGCAAUUCUACAAUUAAGGGCAAUGUAGAUCUCGAGAAAUUGGCUCUAGGAUUGACUAAAUUGACCGAGGAUGAUUUGAUUGGCGUGGUGCAGAUGAUCACGGACAAUAAUAUUCCUGAAAUGAACGUUACUAAUAACGUCGAUGAUGGAGAAUUUAUCAUUGAUUUAUACAGUUUACCCGAUGAAUUGUUGAAGAGUUUGUCGGAUUAUGUCAAGAAACACUCUGAUUCAUAA